CAGCAUUCCGCAUCGAAAUGGCCGACGUCUAGAGUGGGAGUGUCUAGCGGAAAUCUUUUAUAAUAAUAGUUAUUGGUAUUGAUAAUUGGAAGUAAUUAAUAAAUUUAUCAAGCAAACAUUCCAAAUUGAAGACUGAUCUAACAUAUAUACUAUACUAAAAUGGCUUGGCGUUUUAAAGCCUCAAAAUAUAAAAAUGCUGCACCCAUUGUGCCAAAACCUGAAGCAUGUAUACGAGAUAUAUCAGUGGGCUCAUAUCAGACAUAUGGAAACAAUAUUUGUGCUUCUGCAGCUUUUAUGGCAUUCAACUGGGAACAUGUAGGUUCCAGUAUGGCAGUGCUGCCUUUAGAUGAUUGUGGGAGGAAGAGUAAGACAAUGCCUUUACUUCACGCUCAUUCGGACACAGUCACAGAUAUGGAUUUCUCUCCCUUUCAUGACGGGUUGUUGUUGACUGGCUCUCAAGAUUCAUUGGUAAAAGUAUGGCACAUACCUCAAGAAGGGUUGAAGGAAUCUCUUUCAACUCCCGAGUGUACCUUGUCACAGAAACAGCGCAGGGUAGAAAAUGUCGGUUUUCACCCAGUUGCUGAUGGUCUGAUACAUGUGGCUUCCGGACAUGAAUUAGCUUUGUGGGACCUGACAACACAGAAGGAAGCAUUCACAAACAGAGACCACACUGAAGUGGUUCAGUCAACGUCGUGGAAGAAAGACGGCAAGUUGGUGGCGACUUCGUGUAAAGACAAGAAGGUGCGCGUGAUAGACCCGCGGGUGCCGGAGCCUGUUCUAAGCGUGGCCAGCAGUCACCAGAACAUAAAGGAUAGCCGGCUGGUCUGGCUUGGAGACAGCGAUAGAAUUCUUACUACUGGUUUCGAUGCAGCGCGUCUUCGUCAAAUAAUGAUCCGGGAUAUUCGCAAUCUGUCACAAACGCAGAAGACGUUGGAGCUGGAUUGUUCUACCGGCGUUUUGAUGCCCCUGUUCGACGCAGACACCAAUAUGCUGUUCCUGGCUGGCAAGGGUGACACCACGAUACUGUAUAUGGAGUUGACAGAUAAAGAGCCGUACCUUAUUGAAGGAUUGAGGCAUUCAGGUGAACAAACAAAGGGAGCAUGUCUUGUUCCGAAACGGGCCCUGCGCGUCAUGGAGGGAGAAGUGAAUAGAGUGCUGCAACUCAGUGGCUCCUCUGUAGUGCCUAUCAUGUAUCAAGUUCCUAGGAAGAGCUACAGGGACUAUCAUGCAGAUUUGUAUCCGGAUACUAGCGGUGCAGUCACAUAUUUGAGCGCUCCGAUGUGGCUUGACAAACAAGACUACCCCGUUCCCAAUAUAUCACUACACCCUGAUGCAAAUAAUUCUACACAGCCUCGCCUGGGUCCGAAGCCGUUUUCAGCAUCGGCAGGAAGCGACGAAUUUUCGUUCGACAAAGUAUUCUCCGUACCAGCGGUGCCAGGCAACAAUAAGAAUGAAGCUACGUCACCAGUAGUUGGUAGUGGCACUGUCGCACCGGCCACGCCCCCUUUGCAGCGACACGAUGAGAAAGACAAGUCGCUCUCGCCAACCAGCGAUGUGGAGGUCGCCCAUAAAGAUGAGUACACCAAUGGAAAGUCGGAUACAAGCAUAGAAGAGGAUGUGAACAGUUCAGACUCCGGCUAUAUACCAAAGACACCGAGCACUGUAGACAGAAGGAAACUAUUUGAGAACACAGAUAGCAGUGCCGGCUCCAUAGCGGCCCGACGUCGCGCGUACGAGACGCGAUCGUUGUCUCGCCCCGCUGAGUCUGACAGCGCUCUUGUCGCGCCCGACUCUCCUGCACCGCUUAGACGACGAGACUCGCUCAAAUCACGCAAGAGUCCUGACAGGGAGGACAAACGAGCCUCUGUCCCCAAUGUGACGGCAAAGAGGACCUCUACAGUAUUCGGGAAAGUGUCAAAGUUCCGUCACUUGAAGGGUACACCGGGCCACAAGUCGACACAUGUUGAGAAUAUCAAGAAUAUAAGCAGGCAGAUAUCUGGCGAGUGUAAUGGAUUUUGUGCUAAUGGUGUCCGCUGCGCUUUGCCCGUAAGCACGGGUGGUGGUGGAGGGGGCAGAGUGGCUGUAGUGGAGCUACCCCAAGGUGCCACUAAGGUAGCGCGCGCUGCGCCCGCGCAUCCUGCCGGGAUUCAUCCCCCUGCGCUGCUACACCCCGCUCCGCUCCAGGACUUCACCUUCGACCCGUUCCGCGACGAGAGAUUGCUAGUAGCCUGCGAUGAUGGGCAAGUGCGCGAGUGGAUACUGCCAGAGGGAGGUCUAACAGAAUCCAGUAACGAACCCGCGCGAACAUUCUCCGCGCACCCGGACAAGAUCUAUAUCAUCCGCUUCCAUCCGACCGCCGCUGACAUCCUUACCACGGCCGCUCACGACCUCUCUGUCAAGUUAUGGGACCUCUCGCAGCCGGAACCAGUCAACGUGAUUACAUUGUCCGGACAUACGGAUCAGAUAUUCGCGCUCGAUUGGUCGCCGAACGGACAAUACCUGGCCACUGCGUGCAAGGAUGGCUUGAUAAGGAUAUAUGAUCCACGUGUCUCUACGAGUCCCAUCAGAUCUGGCACCAGCAGCUCAUUGGGCAGUCGUGGCGCCCGGCUGGUGUGGGUCAGCGACACCAGUCUCGUGCUCACCGGAUUUGAUAAAGUGUCGGAGAGGCAGAUAGAGUUGUACAAGUGCAGCGACAACUCUCUGUCGCUAGGGUGUCGCGUGGGACUCGACGUGUCUCCUGCCGUCCUGCUCGCACACGUGGACCGAGACUCGGCAACACUCUUCUUAACCGGCCGGGGCGAUUCAACUAUCUACUGCUACGAGGUGACGACAGAGCCCCCCCAGCUGAGCCCACUGUCACAUCACCGCGCCGCUUCUCUGCACCAGGGGCUCGCCUUCAUCCAUAAGAACCUGCUCGACGUUCAGAAGGUGGAAUUCGCAAGAGCUUUAAGAUUAGCCAGUGGGAAUGUAGAGCCGUUGUCUUUUACUGUACCGAGGAUAAAGAGCGAGCUGUUCCAAGACGACCUGUUCCCGCCCACCGCGGUCACGUGGGAGAGCUGGCAGAGUGCACACGAGUGGCUGCGAGGAGAACCCGCCAAGCCCAAGUACAUUAGCCUGCAGCCGCCAGGCAUGGAGCCUUUGUCAGCUCAUACAGUACAAACGAACACUGUCAAGGAGAAACCGUCGCAGAAGCCUAAGCCGGACCUCAUCAACUCACAUGUGCCACUUGAUCCCAAGAAGAAACAAGAAAAUAUAAUGAAAGCAAUGAGCGCAAAGGUAACGAUGAAUCUUAAGUUAGAGCAGGACAGUAUGGAAGGCGUCGACGAUGCAGAGUGGGAGCAGUGAGCGAAUAUACACUCUAUGUAUUUGUAGUUAGAGACGUAGAUUGUAUUUAGCAAUAUGUGAUUAUUGGACCGUCUUUUGCGAGUAAUGUUUUUUAUACUACCGUACUUAUAAAGACAUAUUUCUACCUUUUUGUAUGUGACUGUACACUUUAUUUACUUACGAGUAUACUUUUAUUUCAAUAUUUUUUUUUGGAACAACUUAUGUUGAUAAGUUUUUUUUUGGGCUUUUGUAAUACAGAAAUGAAUUUUAAUGAAAAUAUUAAGCAUUAUAAUGAAAAUAUGUUUGUGGAAAAAGGAUGACUUAGCGAGAAUCCAUGUUUUCUUACUCCAUAUUGUAAUUUACGAGUAGAGUGAAGCAAAUCUGUAAAUUUUUUUUUAAUUCAAUACGGAUCUUAAAGAAGAAACUUUUUUUUUAUUGGAAGGCUGGCCGUUUUCAAUUAAAAUAUGAUGUAUAUUGAAAUCAAUUUUUAUAAAAUAUUACUUUAAGUAAUUCUGUUCCGACUAUUACGAUCUUGCAAUAUCUCUUCGACAAGGACGUUUUCCGGCUGGUAAUGAAUGAUGAUGAUGAAAUAUCUCUUUUAAUUAAACAGAGUCAGUUUUUCUUUGUAUGAAUUAUCUUAUCUGUAUUUUUAUAUGUUCAAUAUUACAUCUUACAUCUAUCACAGCACUUAUUUGAAGUUAUUUAUCAUGAAUUUGUAAUAUUUUUACUUGAUAUUGACAUUCUAAUGCAUUUUUACUAUAGGCGCCGUCAAACUUUGAGUCCGCUCUGAAGUAGGCUUUAGAAUGUCACGGCCAAACGUUGCAAACUUCAGAGUGUUAAGAACGGUUGACGGCUCCAUUCCACUCGCUUUACAUUCCCACUUAUCGCCAUAUGACAUGCAUUUAUUUAUUUACGCACUAAUGUAUUUAAAUUUUAAGAUGUAAUAAUUUAGAUAAUUAAAUGUAGGCUACUUUUUGUACUCAUCGGGUACCUAGUGCUUAGAGAUUUAUUAUAUUUCAAGAGUGCCACGGAUUUUUAACACAACUCAUUAAUGAAAAUGCCAGAUACACACCUAACCGGCUGCCGUUUAAACGACGCCGUGUUUGUUUUCAUACUAACAAACGCCUUAUACGAUACCCGACUAUCGCUUUGUGUUUUUCCAGGGAAGCCCCAUAGAAAAAUUAACGAAAUGAAGGUAUUCAUUCAGUUACUUGACAGCCGGGUAAAUGUGAAACAGGCCUUAUACUUGAUUAAAUGAAAAUUGAAAAAAAAAGUAAAGCAGAUCUCAAACAAGUCAUUAAAUUAAAUUGCGAUCAAUGUUAAACUUUAGCUGUGUCAUUAACAAAUGUGAGGUAAAGUUAUUCCAAGCUGAAAACUUUUUCGGCCUUACUAAUAAACUUGGUAUAAAGUUAUAACUGAUGAUCGUUGACAACACUGUCAAUACAAUGAUAAUUCUGAAGUUUUCCGAAUGACAAGCUGCCUUGCAAAUAAACGCGGGAAACGUUAUACGUCCGAACAAACCAUUCGUAAGCAAAAUGUCUAUUUGUAAACAUUUUACAUAUUCUUCGUUUAUGCUUAGUUAUAACUUUAUGCCAAUUUUAUUUGUAAGGCCGUUAGCCUUUAUCUCACCUUUGUCACUACAGAAUUACAAGACAGGGAGAAGUAAUUUUAAACUUGGAGUAACUUAUUAAUAAAACAGUUAAUGUUCAGCGAUUAAGCUCUUAGUGUAUCUGUAAGCACUAGCGAACCGAACGUUAGGGAAUUGAACUACAUAACCGUAUUUAUAUUAAGGGCCCAGUCGUAGAUUGUCUAUACAUUACUUUAAUCACGGAAAAACAAGUUUUUUUGCCUAAGAAGAAAUGAAUAUUUCGAAGUUUACGUUAUUACGUGAAUCUUCAGUUUAAACUAACAAUAAAUAAUUAGCACACGGACUAGUGAAAAUAGAAGGAAUCCGCGCCCUGAUAUUAGCAAGUGAAGCACCUUUAUGCUAGUGUGUGUGCGGUUACGGGGAUACCAUUUACACAAUUUUAUCUCCCCUAAAUAAUCAUAUGUGGCCACAAAUACUUUUAUAGUAUCGUUUUUACACUUUUUCACAACGCACGGCAUUUUAAAAAUAUUUUAUUGCGACGCAAAGUGAUUUCAUAAUGGCGGCCGAUCGGCUUGUAUUAGUGUAAGUGUGUGCGUGGGGCUAUGUAUUUACUCGUUUACCGGCUUUGGUGCUUCACUGAUAUGUAAGGUGGCACAGAGUCCUUCUUUUUUUACUCGUCCGUGAAUUUGUAAUGUUUACUAACACUUGGACAUGUUCUUCAUGUCCUGAAACGUGUAGAUAUUUUACGAUUGAGGUGUUGAUAAUCAUAACAUCAAUGUAAUAAAUCGCCUUUUUUGAUUUGGUAUAGAGCAUAUUCAAACGCGAAAAAGAAAUUAUUUAUUUUUUAUCUCGGGCGACCCCUGUCUGAUGUUGCAAGAAAAUAACGCGGGAGAUUGAAAUUUGAAAGCUCUGGGCGGUUUAUUUUUGUUGAGUAAUAUAAUAUUUUAUAGUUUGUAAAUGUGGAAAGGAAGUGUUUACUGCUUGCUAGAUAAUGCCAUACUAACAACACGUUUUGCUCAAAUUGCCAAAGAAUUUUUUGUGUAUAGUGUUAAUUCAGUUUUGGUUCACGAAUUCUCGAGCACUUUAAAUGAUUAUAAUCUUUAGCUCUCGUACAUAGGGUUCAAAAUGGGCCACUGAAUAAUUUAUACGUAAAUUUGUAUAUAUACAUUUUUAAUGCUCGUGAAUGUUACCGUAAAAAUCUGUGGGGAACAUUAGGCGAACGCUGUGCCACAAUGGACAAAACGUUAAAUACAAAAAACACGCUCCAAUAUUGGAGGUACUCAAGGCACGUCUGCUUCACUCGAACGCUGUUUGAGAAAUGAGUUACGCUCGUCGUUCGGCAAAACUCAAUAUAGUAACGGCAUGCUAUGAUGGUCGUUAUAAAAAUGCUUUCUUUAUCGUGGAUCUAUAUUUCGCACAAAUGCAAGAAUAUUACAGUGCAUACUUGGAUAACCGCCUUCUUUGGGCAGUAUUGUCGCAGAAGUGAUGGAUCGACCAAAUCAAAUCUGCUGUGGGCAUUCCCGCACAUGGUUGCACUCGAAUGACCUGUAACAGAGCGCUCGGUUGUAUUGUUCGCUUUUGAAUAAAAAAAAAUAAAAAUAAAAAUUGGUAGUUGUAGUAUUAAAAUUUGAAAUUUCAUAAUGUUUAAAAACAAUUGCAUUUUUAAUUUCAAUUUAUGUUGAAAACUUAUUUUCGAUAAUGUAAUAAUCAAACAAAACCACAAUUUAAACGCAGUUUAUACACCAUAAUACGGCAGCUGUAUAGCUACAGAUAUACUGCUUUAAGCAUUUCGGUGACGCGAAUUCACGUGAAUAUCGGAAUUUUCACCAUGCUCUGAAUUUUUUGAAACUUUAUUGAUAAUGAGAAAUUUACCACAAAAGUGUAGCAUAUCAAGUUUAUAUUUGUUAAGAACUUAAUCUUUCUAACCAUUGUUAAAUUAAUAAUUAUCGAUACGCUUACGAAUUAGAACACCAGUAAGGCUAAUUCGGUCAUAGGAAGCCAACCGCCAUUUGCCUCAGUGGGAUUGUUUGACAGCUGCAACUAAUAUUCUGUCGCGUACUUUUUUAUUAACCUAAGGUUUCGCACUAUUAUUAAGAAACAUAUUUGCACAUUAUUGUCAAGCUAUUAAUGUAUCAAAACGUACAUCAUAGCACGCCGCUAAUAAACUGGUCAUAAAUUCUAGUCCAUUCUACAGAUCUCUAGACACUGCUGUGGCACAGACGACGCAUCAGAUAUAUUUUGUAUUGUAUUAAUGAUCGUCAUUGCUUUUUUCAUUGACUGACAAUUAUAGUCUCAUAAAUUAUGAAACCCUUAGAGCCUAUUUAUAAGUCCCGGUUGCAGGAUUUGUAACGCAAAACCAGCGUCAUAAUUUAAGUAAAAAACGUAAAAGUUAAAAUCAAUUUAUGUGAAGUUCUACACUAAACCAAUCAUCACAACUUCAACAAGGUUGCGAUAUAGCCCAUUAUAAUGCGAAGUUGCAUAAAGUUGAUUGCCAAUCUUGCAGCAUUUCACACUUCAUUUAAAAUACUGUGUAGCAGAAUAAAUACUCGAGCGUUGCGCCUUACUUGAGUUAGUCACUCAAGAUAUUUUAUUAAAAACAAUUAAAUUAUCUUCUUAAACUUAUUUCAAUGUUUAUAUUAAUCAAAUAAAAACACUAUUUCAACAAUGCGCAGUAUAUACACAUUGAACUUUUCACUAAAUCCAUUCAAUUUCACUCAUAAGAUAUACACAGCACUUAUGUUGAACAAUACGUCAGCUGUAUAGCUACAGAUAUACUGCUAUGAGCAUUUUCGGUGACGGGAACUCACGUGAUUUCACCUUUCCAAAAGAGUGUCUAACUAUAUAUAUAUUUAUUUUUAAAUUUAUUAUUUAUCGCGUCCGCCAGUCAUUAGCAUGUCGCUGACGCGAACCCAUAAAGUGCCCAACGCGGCUAAAUAAGUUUUCACUUCAAAAAAUGACACAGCUUUUACCCGGGUGGGGCAAAAGUGUUACCGGGCAGUCGAGACCGGAUAUCCGGCACCCGGGACGUAUGAAAGGGCAUUGUCGCGUCGCACGCGUACGUUAUUGUGCGUACAACAGUGCGAGUCGGUAUUAAUUUAAAUCUUUUGAACGUACCACGACGAUUAUUGUAUUAUAGUAAGUAUUAUACGAAUCUCGAAAAUCUAUUGGCCUAUUGUUUUGCAGUAACGCUCUCUAUAUUGUAUUAAUUAAUGCAUUAUGUAUUAUAUUAUACGUAGUUUUAAUCGCUAGUCAAAAGUUAUAACUAAAGCUUAUGAUAUUUUGAUUUUGGUAUUUAUAUUGUUUUUAUAUUACUACUAUCCCACGUGGAUAUUGACAUUUGGUAGUAUUCUAAAUAAUUAGUGUAACUGCCGAGUCGUAGAUAAAAAAUCGUUUGUAAAAUUAUUUCGAAUAAUGAAAUCGUACCAAAUGCUUAUCGCAUCCAGUACAAAUUGACAUUUCAAUAUAUCACUGAAGUAUUGAUAUAUUCUUUAAACAAUAUGCACAUACAUAAUAUAAUUUAAUAAUUGAUUCAUCUUUGAAGCGCCUAACCCUAACCUAAAGUUCCUUGUAGGACGUAAAUGAAAAAUGGGCUUUUUUAUGGGCAUGGGCAUUCUAGGCAUUUUGUAAAGUAAAAUAUACGACGUUGCGUACUUGCUUCCGAGAAUGAUUGCAAUGAAAUGCUUAGUUUUUAUCGACCUUUUUAAAGUGAAACUUUUAUUAUAUCGCCGCAAAUUUUUUCGCACAUCUAUCGCAUGUCGCAUUACAAUCUAAUGUAGUAGGGGUGAAAUUGUAUCAUUAAUUUCAACUACUGCUCUCAAGUAAUUUUGUCCGUGCCGUCCUCGGCCCCAUAUUUAAGCUCUGGUUCCCGAGAGGGAGGGUAGGUUCGAACCCCCAAAACUGACAAAUGUUUUUUUUAUUACAUUAUAUUUUUAUUCUAUGAAAAUGUUAUUGGGUGAAAAAAAGUUUUUUAAAAUGCUAUUUACCGUAAAAUUGUGUCCAUCGUUCAAUAUUUCAGGGAAGGAUUAUUCAAAUGUCAGUUAUGUAUUAAAUAUUGUAACAACACUAAUAAUAACAGGCUGUAAGCUUUUAUCGUACGCACUUACUACUGACGAGUGAAACGCUGUGAAUUAACGCUCAAUUAAAAAUAUUUAAUGUGGCGCGUAGAGAGUGGGAUGGAAAACGUUUUCAUCUCAUAAGUGUGAACGAGAUGGCUAUAGUUUCACAUUCCCAUUCUUUAUGCGUUUGUCUUUUAGGUUUAAAUAGAUGUACGGCUCACUGAUAGUUUUAAUAAAUCGUAUCCAUGUUUUUGACCCACCUGCGUCCUACUUCGUAUAGCUGUAAACGAAAAGUACUUUAUUUCUCAAUAUUUUUGCAUUCUGCAGAAAGAAAAAAGCAAAAGUUCUUACAGCAAUAGGUAAUGAUAUGUUUAUAGUAUGCGUCUUAUUUAUCCUUAUCCUCAUGUAUAGUAAUACCAACUUAUCUGUGAAGUGGCAAAAAUAGGAACUACAGUCGCCAUGUUGAAAUGUUAUUUAAGUGUCAGUCUACUACUUCCGAGUGUUAUAUCUCAGAAACGGUGGCUCGUAAGAAAAAAAGUAUUGAUACAUUUUUUAUAGAUAAUUUUAUGAUCUACAAUUUUUGUCUGAGGUACUUUUAUGAUAAAACUUACCGUUUUGCUGAAAAUCUCGAAAAACUCAUUUUUUGACCUUUGACCUUGAAUUAAAUUUUUUCCUUACAGGCGAAUGAUGGGGAACUUCCAGACAUUGUUUAUAAUUAUGUUUUGAACAACUUCACAAAAAUUCAACUUGUUGGGACUUUAUGUAACUUCACUCUCAUUUUUUGGUCUAAAUUGACCGGACUAUAAUAUAAUAAUAUAAUUAACAACACUGACACGACACCCAUCAGUUCACAGAUAAGUUGGUAACACUGUACAUAAUAAUGUGUUCUUUGCAUUUUUAUACGUACUAACACGUAAUUUUCUGUUUCAUUUAUUACACAAAUUAAUUUGAAAACAAAAUUUACGUACGAUGCGGGACUUAUAUUCAAAUUAAUUUGUGUAAUAGUAAUCCCAGAAGUGAGGGUACUUUAAAAAAUAACAAAUUGUUUCAUUUAUCUAAUUUCUAUUAGAAUUCUAUUUAAUUACUUACCUAACACUGUAUUUACAUAUUUCUAAGUUCUAAGAUGACCUACGUGCUAGAUUGAGGGUAGGCAAAAUUUUUGCACAGGACGCAGGGAAUAAGUAACUUAUGUUUUUUUAAGGGAUUUUGUACUACAAUGUUAGUCUUUUUAUCCAAAGUUUAUAUAAUUAUAACAAUUAAGCCAUAUAUUCAACGCUCAUGUGAGUUUAGCACUACACAUAAUAUUAUGAUCAUAUUUAAAAUGCAUUAUGUACUGGAUAAAGUUUACAUCUGAAUAUACUGUUUAGAAACUAUUAUUUCACAUCUCAUCAAUAAAAUAUUAAAAACAGCACCUAAAUAUUAUGAUGGCGCAUUAUCACUGAUCUGUCUAGGAACUAAAAUGGCGGACGUCUUGUCACGAUGUUUUUAUAACAAUUACUAUUAAAAAAUAGGUUAUUUUAUCUUAAUUUGUUUAAUAAAGUAUACCAUUAAGACUGGUUAUUAUAUAAUCUGUUUCGGGAUAGUUAUAUUCAAAUUUAUGCCAUUAUUUCGCACAUUUCACGCAAUAAUCCUGAUUGUUCCGCGGCAUUCGUCAUUAUUUAUCAUACAUGUGUAUCAUCUGUUAUUUUAUCGUUUAUAUGCGCAGACAGAAAUACAUUCAAUUCCUGUUUCUCUGGUGUUGCAGUUAUGAGCGUUGGCGGCAGUGAUCACCUGUCACCUCUUUCAACUUAUUCUAUUAUAAAGCCGACCCAAAGUUAUUUAUAUAUUUUUUGCUUACAUACAUUGGCCAUUCUUUGUUCAUAAUUUAGGCUGCAUUUAGUGCUCGACCGACGGUCAGCGCUGACAUUGGUCGAGCUUUAACGCGUACCGUACCCGCUGAGCAUUUUGCGUUUAGUGCUCAGCUGACAACAGCAAACUUGAUUGCGCGUGUACCAACCGUCCGAGUGACGCAUCGACCGUAAGUCUUGGUAUGUCUCGUUCAACGCUCAAUUAAAGAAGUAAGGAAUAUCACUUAAUAAAAUAAUAAACCAUUAUGGUAUGUUGUGAUCGUUACCUGACUCCAUAACCGCUCACCUCUGGUGGCUGUCUGAAUUGUUUUGAUUGCGAUUAUUAUUGCAUUAGGCGUCUACUGGGUUCUAAUAUCGAUACAACACACAAUCGACGAACAAGAAUGGUAACUAAACUAAGCUUUUGUUUUGUUUAUUUUUUUUAGGAAGUUGAAUAUUUUUAAACAAGUUUGUGGAUCGCCUUAUGGUGUGUUCACACUGCCGCCCAUGAUAGAUACACAAGGAGGACUUCCGAACUUUUUAGGUGUAGUUACUAGUUACAUUAGUCUCUCAAAGGAAGCCAUGCCGGCCAUGCAGCCAGCCAUAACGGAGAUGAUUUUUGAAUUUAUGCUCCGAAUGCUCGCGAACAAGCAGGUUUAUACAUAAUAUAGCAAUUGCGUCACAUUCCACGUGUAUUCAAUAUUAUAAUAAUUAUAAUCAGUUUGUGAUAUGUACGUUGGUGAGAGUGUGUCGUUUUGUAUUUUUGUAAUAUCAUACACAUACCGAUAUACUUACCCUAAUGUUAAGUCCCAAAGUUUGGAUAUAUUUUUAUUUUGCAUUUUUUUAUUAAACUCUUGCUAAAUUA